GCUUUUGCAGACAUUUGCUCCUGUCCUUCGAGAGCAGAACUCGGAGCUCCCAGCCUGUCACAGGAAGCUGCCCGGGGGGCAGCGGGCGAUGGCUAAUUACACCGACGAGGAUUAUGACGUCAUCAUCGACCCUCUGUCUGACAAUGAGACUCUCACAAAGGACGAUGCCGAGCCAUGCCCCCCGUACGACCCCACCGUCCUCUCGGCCCAGCUGCUGCCUCUGCUCUACACCGCCGUGUCCCUGCUGGGCCUCCUGGACAUCAUCUUGGUGGUGUUUAUCCUGGUCAAAGGCCGAAGACUCCGACAGGUGGAACACAUCUACCUCCUAAACUUGGCCGUAUCUAAUCUGUGUUUCUCGCUCACCUUGCCGUUCCGGGCCCACGCUGCCUCCCACGGGGGGACCCUGGGCCAUCCCACGUGUACCGUUCUGGUGGCACUGUCCUCCGUGGGCCUGCACAGCGAGGCGUUGUUCAACGCCCUCCUGACCCUGCAGAACUACCUGGUGUGUUUCCACGUGAGAGGCUUGUCCCCAGCGGCCAGGAGGCAGGCCUGUGGCGUCCUCGCCAGUGGCCUGGCCUGGCUGGUGGCCGCUCUGCUGGCGCUGCCCGAGGUCCUGCUGUGCGUGGCUCAGGGGGAAAGCCAGGGGGACAGGUGCCCCUGCAGCAGGCCUCACUUCCUGCCGGGCCAGGGGACGGCCUGGCAGCCCUUUCUGGCCUUGAAGGUGAACGUGGCGGGCCUUCUGGUCCCACUGCUGGUUUUUAUCGUUUGCCUUGUGCGACUGGGGAAAACGCUCAGGAAGUCGGCCCUUUCCCAGCUGGUUUUCGCCAUCAUGGUUGUUUUCCUUCUGAUGUGGGGACCCUACAAUGUGGCGCUGUUCCUGUCUACGUUCAAGGACUCCUUCUCGCUGCGGGACUGCAGGAGCCGCUACCACCUGGCCAGGAGCGUCCAGGUGACGGCCAUCAUCGCCAGCACCCACUGCUGCGUGAACCCGCUCCUCUACGUGCUCCUCGACAAGGCGUGUCGGAGGUGUCUCUGCUCUCGCUGCUGUCCACUUCCGCCCACCGAGGACCCUGCACAAGAUACACCAUGGGAAGAGCAUGACCACUCCACUCAACUGUAAGCCGGCUUCCAUCAAGCUGGACAAAUAAACAUCGCUUUUGUUUCCUGGA